AUGAAACCAUCGUUAUUCCUUACCGUUUUCGCGCUGGCUCUGGCAAGCGAAGCAUGUGACACGUAUAAAUACUGUCACUGCACCAACCAGGACGGAAGCGCAAACGACAGCGCAACCACUUCCGCGUGCGCCUCUGGCGACCCCAUUAUCUAUGACCGAGGCUUUGCGGAGUGCAAACACUACGACAAUUACGUUUACGUUGUCAAGGCCAUAAAUAAUUGCGAUUUCCGGAAGGCUUGCAACGCGAAAGGCGCCGUUGGGGAUUCGAGCUGCAGAGCCAAGGUCGGCAUUGGCAAGAAAUGA